UUGCGAGAAAGCACUGAAUAUACAUUUCAAGAUGUCUUAGUAAAAGAAAAAGAGUUUCCUUUUUCUUAUACGGUAGUAAGAGGAAAUCAUUCAUGAAUUUAGUUAAUCAACUAAGCAAAGUCGUGAAAGCAGUAGAACUUUUAUAUACUUGGACCGUGUUAAUCAGCCACUAAUUGAAUUAAUUAUAUGUUUAGUUCCUUUCAGUUUUCUAGACCUGUAUAUGGAAAUGUUGGUGGCAACUUUGUUGUGGUAUAAACAUGUAAGUCACAAUUGUGUUUAUAAAUGCUCUACCUUUCUGCUCAUGUUUAACAUUUAAAUUCUCAUGUAUCCUCCAGAGCCCAGUUAGGCGUGGCAGUAGUACUCUUCAGUGUUGGCCUAACAGUUUGGUACUACAGUUCCUUGUAACUCUUUGUAAAAAUUACUACCAUACAGCAAUAGUUGUGUAAUAAAAAACCUUUAUAUUUCUGGUUCCUUGAUCAAUAUCUCCUCCAUAACUUAUUUUCAAGAAUCUACGAUUUCCACUGAAAUGGAGGAAACAGACCAGAACAUAGUUAUGUUCCCGUUCAUGGCACAAGGUCACAUAAUCCCCUUCUUAACUUUAGCUUUACAGAUAGAAAAGAUGGGCAACUACAAAAUAAGAUUUGUAAGCACUCCUCUCAACAUCAAAAACCUUAGGAAAUCUCUCCCUCCAAGCUCAACCAUCCAUCUUGUUGAAAUUCCAUUCGACAGCUCCAACUAUGGCCUUCCACCAGGUCUUGAGAACACCGAUGCUGUCACGUAUGACCUUAUGCUGGACUUUUUUGAAGCUUCUCUAUCACUCAAACCCCAUUUUAGAAACCUUCUCAACGAUCUCAUCACUGGCGGGGAUCCACUGCUUUGUGUCAUAACUGACAUGUUUUUCGGCUGGACAGCAGACAUUACACAUGAGUUUGGUGUUUUCCAUGCUAUUUUUAGCGGUUGUAGUGGCUUUGGCUUGGGUUGUUACUAUUCCUUGUGGAUGAACUUACCACACAGGAAAACAGAGUUUAUGGAGUUCAGUUUGCCAGAUUUUCGCGAGGCUGGAAAAGUUCAUGUCACACAACUUAUGGAUAUUAUGUUAAAGGCUGAUGGUACUGAUCGCUGGUCAAAAUUUUUGGUUUAUAAUCUUUCUUCAUGGGUGAAAUCGGAUGCAAUUAUGUUUAAUACAGUUGAAGAGAUAGAUGGGAUUGGUUUGAGUUAUUUUAGAAGAAAGUUAGGUUUGUCUGUUUGGCCAAUUGGACCAGUACUUCCAUCAGUAGAUAAUCGAUCUCGAGGUGGAAAAAAUUUCGGUGUUAGUUCUGAUGUAUGUAUGAAAUGGCUGGAUUCGAAGCCUUUGAACUCAGUUUUGUAUAUCUCAUUUGGGUCACAAAGCACGAUCUCUGCCUCACAGAUGACACAGUUAGCUAAAGCUCUGGAAAUUAGUGGCAAAAACUUUAUCUGGGUUGUUAGGCCUCCGCUAGGAUUUGGUAUUAAUGCGGAGUUUAAUGCUGAGGAAUGGCUUCCGGAGGGAAUGACAAAGAGGGUUGAAGAGCAAAACAGAGGACUGAUCGUCUCUAGAUGGGCACCUCAAGUGGAAAUUUUGUCACACAAGUCUAUAGCAGCGUUUCUGAGCCACGGUGGAUGGAAUUCGGUUCUUGAAUCGCUGAGUUAUGGAGUGCCAAUAAUCGGCUGGCCAUUGUAUUUUGAGCAGUUUUUUAAUGUGAAGCUCUUGGAAGAGGAGAUCGGGGUUUGUGUUGAGGUAGCUAGGGGGACUCAACUUGAGGUCAGGUGUGAAGAAAUAGCUCAUACGAUAGAGACGGUCAUGAGGAAUGAUGGUAAAGGGAAGAAAAUGAGAGAUAUAGCUUGUGAAGUGAAAGCAGUGAUUGAAGAUGCAAUAAGAGAUGAGGAGGAUUACAAGGGAUCCUCUGUAAAAUGUAUACAAGAGUUUCUCAAUGCAGCAUUGCUGACUAAAGAGUCAAGGACAGAGGAUGCUAAGGUUGGAAAAUUAUAAGCAAUAAAAUCCAUAGUUAGUUAUUGUACUACUUAUAAAAGCUUCACUCUGGUUAUGCUCAUUUCAAGUACUGUUUUAUUAGCUAAAAAACAGAUGAUUUUACUUGUAUUAAUCCAGUGCAUCGAAAUUAUAUAUUAUUUCCCCGGCAAAGAUCCAUGGAUGGUGCGAAACUAUCCAAGAAAUUCAAGAUUCCAAACUCUGUAAAUUUGUUUUCCUCUAAGUAAUACAAAAGCAAUAUAUUAUAAUUU